AUGCUGGAAGGCCGGGGAGCGCCCUUCUCUCCCCUGGCGGCUGCGGGUGCCCCGGACCAGGGGUGGUCGAGGCCCGCGGCCAGUCCGCCGCCCCUCCUCCGGACUCCCGGCUCCCCGGAGUCCCUGGCCCCUCGACGGGGCGUCGUCCGCUCCAGCGUCCCGCAGAAGCUGGCCGAGGCGCUGAGUAGCCAGUAUGGGCUGAACGUGUUCGUGGCGGGGCUGCUGUUCCUGCUGGCCUGGGCCGUGCACGCCUCGGGCGUGGGCAAGAGCGACCUGCUCUGCUUCCUCAUCGCGCUCAUGCUGCUGCAGCUGCUCUGGAUGCUGUGGUACGUGGGCCGCAGCUACGCGCACCGCCGCCUCAUCCGCCUCAAGGACGUGCACGCCGGCGCUCGCUGGCUGCGCGGUAGCAUCACACUGUUUGCAGCCAUUACCAUCAUCCUGGGAUGUCUGAAAAUUGGAUACUUCGUUGGAUUUUCUGAAUGUUUAUCAGCCACCGAAGGAGUUUUCCCUGUCACACAUACAGUACACACUCUCUUGCAGGUAUAUUUUCUUUGGGGACAUGCAAAGGAUAUUAUCCAGUCUUUCAAAACACUUGAAAGGUUUGGGUUGAUCCACUCAGUGUUCACGAACCUGCUGCUGUGGGCCAACAGCGUCCUGAAUGAGUCAAAGCACCAGCUCAACGAGCACAAGGAGCGGCUCAUCACUCUGGGCUUUGGGAACAUAACCAUAAUUUUAGAUGACCACACGCCUCAGUGUAACUGCACGCCCCCAGCCCUCUGCUCCACCAUCUCGCAAGGAAUCUACUAUCUGUACCCCUUCAACAUAGAGUACCAGAUCCUGGCUUCCAUGAUGCUCUACGUCCUGUGGAAGAACAUCGGACGCCACGUUGAGAUCCAUCAGCAUCAGAAGAUACACUUCAAGCUUAACGGGGUCACGGUGGGCUCGGCCCUGGGCCUGGCGGCGCUGGCUGCCACCAUCGGGGUUGUGGCUGUCUACCUGAUUCAGAUCGGCCGCUCCAAAACCAAGAGCGAGUCGGCCCUUGUCAUGUUCUACCUGUACGCCAUCACCUUGCUCGUGGCCAUGGGGGGCGCAGGGCUGGUGGGGACCUGGAUUUACAGGCUGGAUGAGCAAUCCCUCGACGAGUCCAAAAACCCGGCCCGCAAACUGGAUGCAGACCUCUUGGUGGGCACUGCCUCGGGCUCCUGGCUCAUCUCCUGGGGCUCCAUCUUGGCCAUGCUCUGUGCUCAAGCCAGCCCUGCCUACACCUGGUUCAACCUGCCCUACUCCAUCCUGGGCAUCGUCGAGAAGUACAUCCAGAACCUCUUCAUUAUCGAGUCCAUCCACCGGGAGCCGGAGAAGUGCUCCGAGGACAUCCGGACUCUCCGGGUGGUCACGGUGUGCGGUGGCAACACGAUGCCCCUUGCUGCCCCCAACCUCAAGGGCGGGGGUGUGGCUGGGGAUGGGGCGCCCAGGGGCAGGGAGACGGCGCAUGUGCUCAAUGGAGACAUGCGUCCUAUAGAAGGCAGCGGCAAGGAGGGAGAGCAGAGGGGCCGCGAGGGGGCCCCAGACCUGGCCUGCCAUCCCCGUUUCUUACAGGGCAACACCAAGAGAAGAGUCCUGAGGAACAUUGCGGCCUUUUUGUUCCUCUGCAAUAUCUCGCUCUGGAUACCACCUGCCUUUGGCUGCCGCCCAGAGUAUGACAACGGAUUGGAGGAAAUCGUCUUUGGCUUUGAACCUUGGAUAAUUGUGGUCAACCUGGCGAUGCCUUUCUCCAUUUUCUACCGAAUGCACGCAGCUGCCUCCCUCUUUGAGGUCUAUUGUAAGAUAUAGACGUGGGUCCAUAGAAAAGACGGAGGAGCCAGCUAACAAGAGAGUCCAUUGGAGCCACCUGGGGACGGCCAGGUUGGGCAAAUAUUGCCUUAAAGUAGGAGAACGGCUGCUCUUUGUCUGCGAUAAUAGUGUUUCCUGUGGUUUGGAAUUGGCCAUCACUCUUGUUGAAGGUAAACAAGUUAGAUCAAAAUUGGUCACGUGGCUGUGAUCUGUCCUUCGUUAGUUAAUUCUCAUCAAGCGCCAAUUAUUGUCUCCUUCUAAAAUGAUGGCCUCUGUUUUGGAAGAAUGUGAUCCUAGGUUGGAAAAAAAAAUGAUCCAGUUUGUUUUUCAUAAAAGGCAUUUUCUAUUUGUUGUUUAUCCUAUUACUAUGUUCACCUUUUUCUUGUAGUAAUCGUCCUUCAGUUCCAUCCUUCCCAGAACAGAGAAAUAUAGAAUGGGUACAGUCACGUUUGGUUUAUAUUGUAAUUUCUAAAUAUAUUUAAUUUUUGAACGUUAUUUUUAUCAUCUCGAAGGAAAUGUGUGUAUGGAUCAAUGUAAAAAGAAUAUAUUUCUUACCUGAAAUUUUAGCAGUUUUGUUUGCGAUCAUUUUGAAGCUUUUUAAAAAUAAAUGUUACCCUUUUCUCUCCCACUAUGAAUUAAUACAUGUUUAUUGUAGAAAAUUUGGAAAUUUUGGAAGAAGCGAGGGAAAAAUUCACCUACCAUGCCAUUGUUCAAUUAAUCACUUUUUAACAACUUGUAUUUCCUCUAGCCAUUAUUGGUGCCUAAAAUUCUUUUUAUUUUUGUCAUUGUUGUUAUACCUGCUUGUUAUGAUGUGGCAUAUUCAAUUCUGGACCAAGUUUCAGUUUUUCACUUAACAACGAUGUAAACAUUUCCUCCAAGGAUUUAUACAUUCUUGGUAAAUAUUUUAAUACUAUAUUAUAU